AUUCGGUGAGUUUGUUUGGAGCUGCGCAGUCAAGUGCACGAGUUCGUAUAUAUCAAGCGUUGUUUCGUGAUAUUUUCCGUUGUGGAUGUUUUCUCAAAUGUGUUAAAAUGGAUAAAAAUAAAAAUCAUAUCAAUUAAAUAAAGAUAAAUAUGUAACAGUUUAUUUUUGCGAAAAAAGAAAACUUGUAAUUGUGAACAAUUUUCGUUGAAGUUUAAUGUUGGUAUUGCGCAGAUAUUCUCAGAAUAUUCAACAAAAUGGGUAAAGAAGUGCAGAAACGAUGGCGUUCCAUCAGAGAUUCAUUCACCAAAUCAUAUCGCCAGGGUAAAAUCCAGCCAGACCAAUGUCCGCCGGGCAGCAGACGUUACCAGUAUCACAGGCAAAUGUCCUUUCUGCUACGAGCUCUGCAAAAUAAAAAACCUAGAUACUCGCAGGAAAAGUAUGAAUCUUUCUCCGAAGUUUCAAACUCACCCCAACACCCGCCUCCAGAAGAUAUACCCCGUUUGAAAAACGAAAUCGCAGACAAACCCCUAGACUUGCAAACCAAGCCCAACCCAGAACGGUUCCAGACCAAUGAUAAGAGUAGCCAGGCGUCGUGUGAACCAAUAGAAAUUAAAAUUGACACAAACACAAUAUUGCCCGGAGACCAUUUCAACGAUGAUAAAAUGUUCAUGAACUCUCUACUUCCCUUAUUUAAAAAAAUGGACGACGACACUCGUCUGUUAUGCAGAAUAGAAGUUUUGAAGAUAAUCAGAUACGCUCUACAGGGCCACAAGUCCUUCGAAGCAUUGAAAAUGGCCGAAGACAACUAUUUUAAAGAGAAAGUUAAUACGAUUUUAGCUAAGGAUAAUAGUGCUGUAGAUAGUUCAUUAAGAUCCAAUUCUACGGAAUCGAGAUUGGCCAUGACAACACGUUCGGCUGAUGGAAGCAGACCUAUCAGAAAACGAAGGACUCGAUCUCCACCACCUCUUCCGGAACCACCCAAGAGGCGAGGACCAGGACGUCCAAGAAAGGUCCGUCCCCCACCAUCUGAUUCAGAUGAGGAUCACCCCCAGAAAAAACAGUUUCCGAAGCUUAAAGUUUCACCUGUAGAAGUUUCCGUAACUCCGGAAGAGGAUUCCUACAAUAAAGCGACAAGUGUAUCUCAAUUAUCAAUGCCACUGUUUAUGAAGAUGUACAACUUGGCGCGUUCUAACAUAGCACCCUCCUUAACACCUCAAGGAAUGCAAGUUUCUAUAAAAACGGAACCCAUGGAGUGAAUGCCAUCAACGCCUU